AUGUCAGUAAAGUCUGGAAAAGCACAAGCUUGUAGUCUGAUCUUCCAUCUCUCACAGUUUGACCGUGAGACUCAAGGUUUGGGCAGCCAACUCACGCCUCACAGUCUCAUGAUUUAGCCUUCAAAUCUCUCCGUGAAACAGAAAAUCUUAAAAUUGACAGAUAAUUCAGGUAGGAAGCCAUGUAAUUUCCAAAAAACCAUCUUCAUAAUGGAUGAAUUUUAUCAAUUCAAUUUUGGGGGCAAACUUGAGUCCAAUUCCAACAACACCUCAUUGUGAAUGCAUGUUUCACUGUUCUUUAUUUUUUUCAACCCUUACCAGUGACCACUAGCAUUUGCCUUUGUUCCAAAACUUGGUGGUCUCUCGCAGUACCAGAGUCAAUUUUACACAAAUUUUAUUUUCUUGCAGGUUCAUGGUAUAUUGCCGGUAGUACUUUUUGUUAUGAUCAAGCUGUGAUGGAGUUAUCAUCAUGGUUUCAUCUGGUUAUUUUCCUUCUCACAGGACUUGUAUCCUGUGAAUAUAUAAUUCAAACUUUUGAUGGAGAAAUUGGAGCAGGAAAUUUCACAUAUUUUACACUAAAGAAAGAAGGUGACAUAACAUUGAUUCUUGAAAGCCUGGAAGGAGAUGCAGAUAUCUACGUGUCCCAAAACAAUCCUAAACCAGACUAUGACAAUUAUGACCUCAAGUCGGCAACUUGCGGUGAUGAUAUUGUGACGAUUCCAAGUUAUUACAAGAGACCCAUUGCAAUAUCAGUCUACGGUCAUGUGUAUGCGCCUCUAUCAAAGUACACAAUGAAAGUUUUAAUGGAUUACUCAACAGAAGACAGUGAAGGGCCAUCUUAUGAAAAUGAGGAGUCGCAGGAGUCCCUUAUUUGGACAUUAUUUGUCAACAUUUUGAAGAUUAUCUUGGAGAUCCUGCUGUGA